UUGCCACAUAGUAUAGCGGGUGAAGUGGCCUUUGUAUUUGGUGCACCAUUAGCAUCCGCUGGUCUUUUCCAUGGUACUCAGUAUACAGCACAAGAAAAACUUUUAGCCGAAGCUGUUAUGUCAUACUGGUGUAAUUUUGCCAAGACAGGCAAUCCUAAGGCUCCUUGGAAGGGUAAUUUUAUUAAUUUGCAUGCCUUAGAAUGGGAUCGUUAUGACUUGGAAUGGCCGGAAUUUAAUAAACGUUCUCAGGCAUACAUGAAUAUUGGGAUACCACCGUCUGUUGGUUAUAAAUAUCGACAAGUCUAUAUGAAUUUUUGGAAUAAAGAAUUACCCGAUGAACUCAAUCAAAUUGCACAAAUACAACAGCAGCCAUUUUUACAAACUAACAAUUACAAUAGCAACAGUAACAAUAACUAUGAAAAUGGAAAUGUUGCAAGCGGAACUACAGCAAUUUAUCCCAAACGUUAUGGCUCAAAACUAGAUGUAAUAACCGGUCAUAUGAAUAAAUUUGGUACACGUGAUAAUGGUGCUGAAGAUCCGGUUAGAACAUUAAAACUAUUGCUGCAAGAACCGUAUGCAAGUGGCAAAGAGACACAAGCGGAGAAUAUGUAUAAUGCACCACCGUCUACGCAAUAUAAAGGUAUAGUAAUGGCAGGUGGCAAUGUACAAGGAAGUAGUUUUGAUGAUGAUAAUAAUGAUGAAGUAAAAGCUCAAGGCUAUGAAAUACGUUAUAAUGGUUAUAGCACCAAGACGGCUUAUACUACACGUUCUCCCUAUAAUACCAUUUAUGGCUCAAAACAAUUUGACACAUAUAUCAGUAGUGGUGGCGGCAGUAGUGCUAAAGCACAAGGUGUUGGUUGGGAUAAAAAAUACUAUGAAGGCAGCAGCAGCAGCAGUACUAGCAGUAAGAUAAACAAUGGCAAUUAUGUAAAUGAGGAUAACAAGCCAUCGGGGGAUGAAGCUGACAAUAAUGAACAUGUGGCCAAAUCAGAAACCACUUUACAUUUAUUAAUCGGCUUAAUUAUUGUAUUCAUCAUUUUGAAUGUCAUCAUUUAUUCCACUUUCCUGAUGCAAAAGAAAAAGAAAACCAAAACUUUACAGCGUAAAUUGGGUGGUGGCAUUUUAACCUACGAUGGCACCACCGAUGAUGAUCUGAAAAGAUCUAAGACAAAUACCACUCAGCAUGGAGAUGAUGGUGAUGAUAGUUUUAUAAUGGAUACCAUGAGAAAAUCGAAUACUUAUGAACAGGUUAAGACAGAAAGAUCACCUAUUAAUGGUUUUAAAAUAACCAGACAAUUAAGCUGUUCAACGGUGGAUACUCAUACGAAAGUAAGUGAGUGGAUAACCACCACUGAGCCUCACAAACAGGCCACUUUGCAGAGAAGACCUAGUAGUGGCAGAAAUUCGAAAAAGUCUUCUUCAUUCUCUAGUUCUCUAAGAGGCAGUGGCUCUUUUGGCAAACCUCAACCCUGCAAAGUAAGUGUAGCCAUCGAUGCUACACCAGAGGGAAGAGGCAGCAGCGUCCUGGAGCAGGAGCCCAUAGAGGUGACAAAAAUGAAACAGGAUGGCCGUAAUAUUAUCAUAUGUCAAGAUAUAGAGGUGGAGGAUCAAGAACUUCUAACGCCUCAAGAUUCUUUAGACAAUAGCCGUUACACUUUAAUGCGCCAACAUUCGGCAGCAACUGAAGCCUGUGAGACAGAACUGAUACAGCCUAUGCAUCAACAUUCACGUUCUGAUCCCGUAGAAAUGUACUAUAAUCAAAAUGAAAAAAUCACCAGUUUUAUAUCAAACGAGGACAAUGAUUUACAGGAUAUAAACGUAACCAGCAGAGAAGAUGACUAUGAUGUACCCGCCGAGGCCUUAACAGCCGAACAACAGUUAAAUGUUAUAAAAAGAAGAAAAUAUCCCAAAGUUUUGCCCACUUAUAUGCAACACGAAAGAGAAACAGAUUCGCCACCCAUGACUAAAGAUUUAAGCACUACUUAUAAGCGUAAUUCAUUACCACCAAAUUCUUACUUUCCACACUUUGCUCACAGCAAACAACAACCACCCUUGCCACCACCUCGCACCAUAGCCACCUUAGGACGAAAACCUUCAAUUGGUAGAAGAAAUAGUAACAAUAUUACCACCUCACCUCUAAUGGUGGCACAUGACUAUGCCGAAGAGGAAGAAGAGGAGCCAGAAAUUACACAAAACACUUUAAUAGUGGGUUCAUUAAAACCCACUGAGGGUUAUUACUCAACCUUGAGAAGACAGAAUAAGCCAACUAACACAGAUACACAAACAGAAAAUUACCAUAUUCCAUCAACAGCAGCAACAGCAGUAGCUCCAGCACCACUAGCAAACCAACAGCAGCAACAACAAUCAGUAUUUCAAUCAUUUGAAUCUAAACCACCUUACUAUAAGACACCCGAAAGAGAAGUUACAGCACAUCUUACGGAAAGGGUCUAUUGCAUACAAGCACCCCAAACAAAUGCCCAACAUCAGCUUACAUGUUGUAACUCAGAACCUACAACACCUACCAUCUAUUAUACACCUACAGCAACGCCUAUGGCCAUGAUAAAUGACUCGUAUGCGGCACUACCAUCAGGAAUUGUUUAUGCUCAACCUAAAAAGUCUCAUAUACCACGUAUAGUACCAAAUGCAGCAGUACCACUAGUGGCAACAACAUCAUCUAACACAAGUCUAUUACAUUCCAGUAUAAAUGAGAAUCAUGGUAUGGUGUAUUCUCAGGCCUCUUCCAGCGAUGCUGUUACUAACAAUUGUAAAGAUACAACUAAUUGCUGUCAGGUUUUGCCAAAGGUACCAAAUGACAAUCAAGUGUCAUCUAGAGAAACUUUACAAACACCUGAUAUAAAUACAGCAGCAACAGCAGCAAUGCUACCACAAACAACAACAACACGUAUACCACAAUUACAUAGAAAUGCAAAUGUAGCCACCAUGCAACAACAAACUAGCAAUAUUGAUAAAACAAAUGCAAAUAUAAUACCCAAGGCAACAACAAUGACACCUAACAUAUUGAUAGUAGAAAACAAACAAACUUUAACAACAACAACACCACCAACCGCAACAACUGAAUUAUCCUCAACAAAAGUAUUAUCGUCAGCUUUAUCAUCACCAACAACAUUAUCGACCUCAUUAGCAACAUCAUCAAAUUAUUCUGCUUCUUGUACUAAAGCAACGACAUUGACAACAACAACAACACCUUCUCCUUCAUCCACUUUGACUUCUUCCGCUUUUGGUAAUUGCCAAAGUUAUGAUGUGACAACACCAAAGUCUCCAUCUAAUAAAACAUCAUCAAUAACUUCAUCAUCUUCAUUGUCAUCGACAUCAUCUAUACAAUCGGAUUCAGCAUCUUCAUCAUCUGCCACUUCAUCAUCUACGGGUACGGUACGCACAGAAUUGCAACAGAAAUGAGAGACAAGUGUAGAAAUAUAAAAAUCAUCAAUUGUCAGGUGUUGAUUUAGUAUCUUUAGCUUUGCAACAUGAAUAUUGGUUGCACAUGUAACAAUAUGACUUGAUUUUGUAAAUAUAUUUAUUUUAGUUUCUCUUUUUUUUUACCAAUAACUUGAUUUUUCUGCAUAUAUGCAUGUUAUUAGGUAAGAAUAAAAUAUUACUUUUAUAUGACUACAUAUAACUAGUUAACUGUAGUUUAGGAUUAAAUAAAUGUAUUAAUAUAAAAUCUAGCUUAAGUCCUAUGUAUUUUUGAUUAUAAGCCAUACAUUAAGAAGCCAUUGAAAUGUUGACAGUUUUCCAAUGUUUGUAUAAGAAAAUUUAUACAAAAUAACAUUAUUAAACAUGCAGUUCAAAUAACCAUAUAAGAAAUGUUUAUAAACUAAAUAUUGGUAUUAAAAUAGAAUUAAGUAAAAUUGAAUAAAUAUUUCUUUUAGUUUUUAUUGUAAAA